AUGCGGGGAGUUUUUCAUUACUUCCUCCAUCUCCCAUGGGAGCUCAGAGACUAUAUCUGGAAGCUUGCAGUCCGACCAUUUCUCCCGGGAGCGCACGUAUUCAGACUUUACCGCGUCCAUGAUCGAGAUCACACCUAUCUGGAAUACGAAGUCGUUUCCAAAAAUGCUCCCUGGCGGCUCUCGCCGUCGCGUCUUGCCGCGCCGCGGUGCCUGCCCAGGAGCGCGGACUAUAGCUUGGCCUUACAAGCAACAACUCCCGUCUCAUGGAAACAAAAUAACCCAUCAACUUACCUUAUCGACAGUGGUCUUUGGACGGCCUGUAAAGAAUCACUCCUCGUCAUCGAGGCUGAGUUCCAAAACCCAGUACGCCGACGAGGCACAUGGACCCCGUCAGAAGUCGAAGCCCUCCGGAAGCGGCGAGGCCGCUUCAAUCUCCCAGAGACGGUCACAUUUUCAGCCUUCCUCGAUGGCUACGAACCCCGUUAUCUCACCGUCUUCCCCGCUCACGAUCUGUUCAUCAUACAGGCGCACGAUGUUCUAAAAGUCCGCUGGGAUUUUAUAUGGGAGUUUUUUAUGCACUGCUUUCGUAAGGCGGAGGCGGCAAACCAUUCUCAACGCCACAUGGCUCUAGAAUACGAUCCCGCGUGGGAUGAAGUGGCCCAUGAUAGUCACCACCGGGAAGGGCCUGCAGCGGAGUUCAUCGACGACUUCGCCAUGAGUAAUGGUAUCGAGGAUCACUUCACUCUGUGGCUUAUCGACUAUCGGAUCAAGCGCAAUCCGAGAUACCGGGCAUUUACCACGGGAAAGAUCAAAAGGCCGGCAGUCAAACCCCCAGCAGUCUUCUAUGCGAGUGACCGCCGGUAUGUUGAGGUGAACCGGUGGGAUGUGGAAAGGUGGGCUGGGCAUAACUCGAAGUGGAAUGCCGGGUCCGAAGCUCCAAGAGAGCAUUUCUGCCAUUACUGUGGCCCGCAUGGAAUUAUCGAGCGAAUUGAGGACAGGUAUGAGGAUUGGUCCGGUCCCCUUGGCAACGUUGUGUAUGGGGGGGUUCUUGCUUGCGAGUACCUUUGA